AUGGAUUCUCCAAAUGCUUCUUCUCAAGUGAGCGAAACAGAGGAAAUUUUUCCUCUUGUAGCAUACGAGGAAGAAGCCCCUACAAAAACAAAAAAGGAAUUGAUCGCAGAAGAACUUCAAAAGUUGUAUGAAUUUGAUUUUGAUGUACCAGAACGUCCAGAAGAUGAUGCUUCUGGAAAAUUGGCUUAUCUAGAUUCGUGUGAACAGCUUAAUAAAGAAUCAUUUAUGAAAUUUCCUACUCAGAGUAUAGCGAGUAGACUUAUUGAGGGGAAAGAAUCUCUUGAUUUGAGUUAUUUUGCACUAGGAAAAAAAGGUAGCAUUGCGUUAGCAGCAGCCCUUCGUGUAAAUCAAUCUAUCAAUAAUAUUUCAUUGGUUGGAUGUAAUAUUACACCUGCAGGAGGUAUUGAAAUUGCUCGAUCUCUUUCUGAGACGAGAACGGUCACUACCCUAGAUUUAAGCCAGAAUAUGCUAGGAUCACGUGAUGCAGGAGAAAGUAUUCGAGGAGGUGCAGUUAUAGCAGAACUUCUUAAACCAGGAAAUGUUUUAAAAUCUCUUUCAUUACGUGACAAUGGAUUAAGUGAUCAUCAUAUUGUUGAUUUUGUUGAAGCAGCUAUAGAUAAUACCGAACUAGCUUUUCUAGAUCUAAGCUUUAAUAAAAUUGGUUAUCUUGGUGCUGUUGAUUUGGCUCAAAUACUUUCUCGUAAUGGUGAUCUACGUGAAAUAAACCUUGAGUGGAACCAAUUUCAAACCAUUGGAUGUCGUCAUAUUCUUGCUGAAGGAUUGUUGCUUAAUAAUACCAUUAAACGUUUCAAUUUAAGUUGGGUGGGAUUGGAUGAUUAUUGUGCACAACUGGUGGGACGUAUCAUUGGUGAAAAUGCCAUUGAAGAAAUAAUAAUUGCACACAAUAGAAUAGGACCUACUGGAGCAGAGUCUAUUGCAAAAGGAUUGUUGGCAACAUCAGCACUUACAACUCUUGUUUUAGACGAUAACCCUCUUCAAGAUGAAGGUUGUGCGGCGCUUAUCCGUGUUGUCGGGGAGGCAAGUACACUUAAACUAUUGAGUUUACAAGAGUGUCGCUGUGGUAUUAAUAUGGUUCAAGAGGCAGAAAGAGUAACUAGGGAGGUUCGACCAGAUAUGGUCAUUCAAAUAUCAGGAGAUUCCUAUCCCCGAGAGAUGAUGUAG